GUGGAUCGAGUGGAUCAAGCGGGCCUAAUGAUCAAAGCAUGGUGUGUGCCUUGAUCAAAAGACGUUGCAGAUGGCUACUCAAGAUGGAGAAGGUCAAACACCUGAGGUGAAUCUAUUAUGGAAACAUAAUCGAAAAUUGCUGUUCGACUGCCUUGAUGCCCUGGAUGGAGAGAAAACGAUAGUAUGGGAUAGAAGUCUUAUGCAGAGAGUGAAUUUGUUUGCUGGUCCGUCAGUGCUGAAACUGCACGGCGUUGUCAGCAAUCUUGCUUUGGACCAAUUUCGUCCUCCUGAUACUCCACAUGUGGUAUUCUUUUUGGCACCAACACUGGCAGCUGUUGAUCAUUUGUGCGAAUAUAUCGAUAAAGCAAAAGCAGAUACGAAAACUCUUUUUGAAGUCUUCUUUAUCCCUGAAGCUUGGUAUGUAGCUCGCGAAAAACUGAAGGAGCGCAAUGGAGGAAAGUACUGGGAACGCUUAGAAUCUGUUCGAGAACUGCCGCUGACUUGGUUACCACGCGACGGAGACACCUUGUCGUUGGCGGAUCACGAACUGCCAUCUAGAUUGCUCAUAAAUGGAGAUUGGACACAUUUACAUCGCUGUGCUGUUGCCAUCCAUCAAUUGCUGACCUUAUGCCCACAAACAGUUCCUAUCUAUAGUCGCGGAAAAUGGGCCCAGGAUAUUGCGCGCAUGGUGCAAAAAAUGGGACCCGCUGAUGUGGAUCAGCAGUCUCCACCACUACAACUAAAUCGGCUAGUAAUAAUUGAUCGGUGGGUUGAUCCACUCACACCAUUACUACAUCAGCUCACCUACGCUGGGAUCUUAGAUGAGAUGUAUGGUGUUGGCAUGGUCGGCUCAAUAAAGGUACCUCUGGGAGAGUUUGAAAACAAUGAAAACACGGAUCCAUUUGCUUUGAAAGAGAUACAUCUCAACGAUGAAUUGUUUCUUCGAUUGAAACAGGUGCAUAUCAACGCAAUCGGAUAUGAGCUAGCGAAAAUACUUGGUGAAAUCAAAGAAGAUGAACAGUUUGACCGGGAUCGAAUGUCUGUAGCAGAAUAUCAAGUGUUGGUGAAGAAAAUGCCUCAAAUUCUCCUUCGAAAGAAGCUGUGUGGUGUCCACAUGCGACUUGCCGAAAUGGCUCGUGCCCAACUUUACGAUGUAUUUGCGGACUACAUCAAGGUUGAAAAAGAGCUGCUUGAAUCGGCAAGCAACGAUAAAAUUCAUCCAUUUAUCGAAGACACUAUUGUUAUGGGAGAUGAUGUAAAUGCGGCUCUUCGCUUAAUUGCUAUACACGCACUCGCUGCAAAUGGUCUCAAACCGGCUACUUUACACCAGUAUAGGAGGAUGGUCAUGCAGUCAUUCGGAGUUGAAGCUUUGAACAAACUCCUGAAACUGCAAAAAAUGGGUGUCGUCCGAGAACGCGGUGGCAGCGGCAAACUGAAUGCUGACUACGUCCCAGUAAUGUUCUCGCAUAUGAAGAAGCAGUACAAUCUACUAGCCGAAAACGUUUCUGAGACGAACACAUCCGACUCUGCCUAUGCCUACAGCGGUUAUGCUCCUCUUCUUGUUAGGAUACUGGAAGAAGGUGAUCGAGUCCGAUGGGCAGGAUGGCACAAAACAUUUGAUGGCACUGUUGGCGGUGACGAUCGAACGGCCAUAUUCAUCGUAGGUGGUGUAACACGCGCGGAACUUGCCGGAAUCAAACUCAUGCCAAACAUUUGCCUAACGCUCACAUCCUCAAUCGUGACUGGUAACAAAUUGCUGGAUUGUAUAACGCAAAUUUGACCACUAUGAAAUAAUCUGAUGAGUCAUGAAUUCGAAUUCAUAUCUGUGAUCCACAAUUUUAUCAGAACAUAAAUAGAUUCAUA